GCUGCCGCUGUACCAUAACAAUAUCACAAUAAGAAGUUGAUAUUUUUUGAAGACUAUUGGAUUAAUUCCAAGUGCUCAUAGACGUUUACGUGUGUUUUCUUAAACAUGGAUUGCCAUUCAAGCCCAUUUCUUACGCCAGAGUUCAGGAGACUCUCCACUUUUCAGGGAACACCUAGUGGUGUCUUCAACAAAUUUCUAAAGAACUCACCCUUAAAGUUUGUGGAAGCGGGGUUCCAGCGUGGAUUAACAGACGACGAGGUUGUGUGUCCGGACUGCCGUGCCUCGUACAAAAACUGGGAAGGUGAGUCUCCGAUUGGAGUUCAUCGUGUGAUAAGCCCGAACUGUCCAUUUGUGAACCCACCUGCUGUAGAAGACGCUACUGAAUCACCUGGAAGUCUACAAGAACUCGUAGGUAGGGAUGUGAGGCGAAGGCUGUUCCAGGCAUCGCCAAAGAGUGACUUUACCAGUGCCAUUGCUGUUCGGAACACGAUCAAACAUCCGAUCAGACCCAAAUGUGGUGGCUAUGAGAUGCAUUUAGCCAGCUGUCGCCUGCAAACAUACCCAGAAAUGAGCUCAAGGAAUGAAGAAUGGGCAGAGAAUGGGUUCGUGUACAGACCAGAGACUCAAGAUGUGCAAUGUAUUUACUGUGGUGUGAAGUGUGUGUUAAGCGAUUGCCCCAAAGUAACUCACCAGAAUGUGUCACGAAAUUGUGCCUUUGUACUCUUGUAUGAUGUUGGAAAUAUCAGCCGAGAGGAUGAAAAAACUAUCAGGACGAAGUACUUCCUGCAGACACAGAAAUCAGAACCGUUGUGUUCCCAGAACUUUGCAAUUGUGCAUCCACAUUUCGAAGACAUUAAUGUUCGAAAAGCCACAUACGAACAUUGGCCUUUUCUGGUUGCUGAAUUGUUCUCAGCAGAUUUGAUGGCAGCAGCUGGAUUUUAUUAUACAGGUUACCUGGACAAGGUGACUUGUUAUGCCUGUGGUGUAGCCUUUCAUGACUGGCGUGUAGAUGCAGAUGUGUGGACACAUCAUGCCAGUGCCUCACCUAAAUGCCACCAUGUUGUGCAAGAAAAAAACAGUGACUUCAUACAAAAAGCAGCUCAGACUAAGCUGAUCGUGAAGGUGAUCAGACCUGAGGGGCGAGAGGACGGGGUGCCGGGUAGUCGGACGUUGGAUGUGGAUGCUAUACAGGCAGCUUAUGCACGUCAGUACACGAAGGAACAAAUCCUUCAUGCCGUCACCAAAUAUUUCGUUAUGACGUCCAAAUUUCCAACUGAGAAACUGUUGAUGGGCAUCCUCAUCGCGGCCGAUGAAAACAACGACGCGAGGAGGAAGCUACGGCACGAUUUGCAUAUUCAAGAAACAGCAGUGCAGGCCAAAGACCAGGAGUUGCAGACCAAAGACCAGGCGUUGCAGACCAAAGACCAGGCGUUGCAGACCAAAGACCAGGCGUUGCAGGCCAAAAACCGGGCACUGCAUAUUAAAGACCAGGUUAUUCAGGAGGUGAUCCUGGAGAAAAAUCAAGUUAUUCAGGAGAAGGACCGAGCCAUGCAGGAAGUUAUUGAGGAGAAGGACCGAGCCAUGCAGGAAGUUAUUCAGAAGGACCGGGCCAUGCAGGAGAAGGACCGGGCCAUGAAGGAGAUGGACCGGACCAUGCAAAUGGAACUGGAUCUAAAGAACCAGGAAAUUGAACGUCUGCGGCAGCAGGUGAAGAACUUGGUGGCUUUUAACAACAGUCAUCAGCCAUCAUCUCAGCUACAUGCUACAAGUGAAGGCCAACAACAAGCAGGUUGUCAAGAGAGGGACAACAUCCCAUCACCCAUUACAUGUAAAGUGUGUCUCAGUGCAGAAUCUUCAACUAUUUUCAUGCCAUGCAGUCAUGUCAGCACCUGCACAGAGUGUGCCAUUACCUUAUACUCUAAACGCCAGCCUUGCCCAGUGUGUCGAGGAAAGAUUGAGAAAACAUUGCCAGCUUUUAUCAGCUAAAUUCAUGUUUUGUCAACAGAAUGUGCAAGUUGAUGUCACUUGUUUUGCCAAGAAGACAGACUCUGGUGGCAAAUAUUUAGUUUGCCUGCAAUACUUGAAGGAAUUUUUCAGCACAGGGUGUAGAUCUGAAAACUAUUUUCAGCUGAAAAACAGGUCUUGAACUGCAAACAGGAGUUAAUUUGCGCAAAUCAAUGAUGUUAUGAAGCUUAGAGCAUCCCCAGUACACAGAGGCAAGUUACAGCCUUAAAUGGAAGGGAAAAAAGCUUGUGCUUUGAUCUGUUUAGCUGAGAAGAGUUUUUCAAAUGAUGUGAGGAGCAUUCUGAGAUCAUGUCCUAGCAAUCUGUUCAUUUAAAUGGGUGCAGUGCCUAUAUCACCUAAAUGCACUGUCAAAUAUUUCUGGUGAUGAGUUGUGAAAUGCAUAUUGGAAGAUGCUUACUGAACUGUUUGGAAAAACCAGUUUGUGCCAUAAACUACAAGAGCAGCUGUUUAUGUUGGAGAUCUGUGUUUCCCAUACAAGGUCUUCCAGGUUACUUGUGAUCUUCACAACUUCCAUAAAAUAUGCCCAGCAGAUUGCAGGUGGUUUCACUGAAGCAGUCCUGUCCUGAUCUCUUUGUAGAAAGGACUCUUCAGGCUGGUGUAUGAACUGCACAGGUAAUGACAUUGAAAUGGCUUUAUAAGGGUAGUGCUUCUGCCUCUGGUGCAUCUAAGACAUGUACAUAUUUGAGAAGAUUGUGAAAUUGGUGAUUGUGUUCAUAUGACAUGGAUGAGAUGUUCAUGUAGGAAGCAUUGUGGCACAGUUCCGGUGAUGAGAGAAGAUACCUGCACCAAGGUUUUAAAUACCUUGAUGUCUUAAGCAAGCUACCUUUGAUGGAGGGAUGAAAGUGACAUCCUGUGAAAGGUUUAGCAUACUUCAUGGAACCUUAUCAAUGAACAUGCUGUAUAAAAGACAUUCAGGUGUCUGAGUGGCAGCAUACUUUAUUGGCAGAAAAUGUGUUCUUAUUACUCAUAUGAACAGAUGUCUGCUAUAACGAAGAGGUGAAGGAAACAAAAGCAUGGAAGCAUAAGAAUAGGCAUCCAGGAGAGAGGUCGUAAUUUACCACCCUUAUGAGGGUAUGUGAUGUGCAGGUGCAGUUGGCAAAAAGCAGCAUAACAUGAUUAGAGCAUUGGUUAUGAACAAAUGACAGAUUUUCAAGUCUUAGCUCUGUGGGUGACAGUUUACUGCCAACAAAGAUAUAUCACUGCUUUUUUCUGUGGAAUUAGUGCUUUUGAUUUCAUGUUUCCUAACAUCAAGGAUGAGAAAAGCUAGCAUGUGUUGUGUAUAUUUAAGUUUUAGUAUGGGCAUGUGUGCAUUGCAUAAAAAACUUAUGUUAGAAAUCAAAGUGACAGUACAGAAGAUGGUGGUACAGAAUGUGCAUUCCCUCUCUCUCACACACACAAUGCAUAGACAUCCAGAUACAUAUAGGAUUACAUACAAAUGAACUUUAUUAUUUUAAUCGAUUUUUUAAACAGUUUAAAAAUGAAGAUUAAGUGAAGGAGGUUGUGCUAGAAAAUAUCAAAGAAAGGUCAGAAUUAUUGGUCAACAUAGAUAUGUACAUAACUUCCCUAUAAUAAACUUGCUAUAAAGUUUGCAUUCCUCUUCAAGAACAUUAGCAAGUAAGAGGACAGUGACAUGUUGCACACUGCCUGCUAAAUCCACAUCAUGUGUGUCAUACUACAGGCAUGUUUUAUUGACAUGUCACCGUUGUGGCAUUUUCUUAUGGGUCCUCAUUGAUUUAUCUUAUGCAACAUCAUAAACACUUCAACCUGAGAGAAAAUAUGUUUUUGACAUUAUAAGGAUGAAAAUGUUCAUCAAAGGUCAGUUUGUGACCUAGAAUCCAAAUGUCAGAAACAGCUACAGAAAAUUCACCUUAGACCAAAUGUUGGAGGCUAGUCAUGGAGAGGUUGGUAAGCUAGAGUUAAGCUAGUUGACAAAUAGUUUAGGAAGUAACUGGACUUAUGUCAGCUCCUUUGACACAUUUAAUGAAAACAACUGCAGCUUUCAAGGAACUCUGCAGCUUGUCCUGGGCUUCUCGUUGAUCACUUGUGGUCUAAAGUUGUCUAUGAAUCCAAACUUGUUUGGCAAUCUGAGCAAUUGGAUAUAAACUACAGUUACAGCAUGACUGCAUGCUGCCACAAAAUGUUCAAGAUAACCACACCACAGCAGCAUUCUGCUUCAUUCACUGCCACUGCAUACACCACACUGUGCUACACAUCAUGCUAGCAUUUAUUUGCUGUUUUUAUUAUACUAUAAAGAUAUUCAUUGUAAAUUAUAUGAUAUAUUGUGUGUGUGUGUGUGUGUAUGAAACAUAAAUGUGGAAGCAUUUUUGAAGAGGAAUGUUCAAGGCUAUAUUUUGACAAACUGUAGUAGAUAGCAUGGGGCUCACAAAUCUAUGAAAGGCUUAAAAAGUCUUUUUAAAAUAUAAAAAUGUGUUAUGCUAACCAUAAAUAGGUUUAGUUAAUUUAUCAUAAACUUUUUACUAUGGUUACUAAUGAUGCUAAAUUAUGGCAGUUGUACACCUGGUUGUUGUUUGGGUAAAUCUCUAGAAAACAUGGCAGCACCAUCUGUAGCAUACUGAUGUGUUCAAAUUCAUGCAGCCAUUCUUUGAAAGGCAGCAGAUCCAUUAAUAACCAUAUGCACUAAAUCAUUUUUUUCUUAAUUCAACACCUGAAUAAACUAUUGCAGUGUGUGAAAUAAAAUGUUGAUAAAAACAUGCUGAAAAGGUUAAUAUUCUUUAUUGAUAAUACUUUUACUAAUAUUGGUAAUAAAAAAGAGGAAGACUAACUUGUCAUUUCUGAAUAUUACAUCAUUCCAGCAUCACAGGGAAAUAGUCACUAUCUCAUAAGGCUUAACUGCUCAGAUCACAUACAAAAGUUUCAUGACUUCUUUGCCAUUAGAUAGCACAUAGAAAUUCUUCUAUAAAACAUAAAGAAAAACACCUGGCUUAUAGGCAGAUAAAUGUAAAAAAUGCAUUAUUUUAUAACCACAGACAUGCAAUGAAUGAGAAAGUCAGCUCAUCUGUGCCACAACAGUAAGUCUAUGUUUGAGGCAUCGCUUAUGCAAGAGACAAAGUUCAAAAACACUUUCUAACUUUCUUGAAGUUUUAGUGUCACAUUAUAAUCCUUUUCAUAGUACAAACAUAAAAAAGCAUGAGACCUAAGAUUUUUACAAAAGGAAAAAAUGUCAAAAUUUAGAUUUAAAUUCUAGUGAAGUAGAUUUAUUUGGUAAUAUCUAUUUCUUUUAUUUCUGUUAAACAUUCUUUAUUUAUGCCAUAAAGAAACUCUUUCAUCGAUGUUUUUAUUGUUCAGUGUCCUAAUAAUUAGUAGCUUAGACAUUUUAUGUGCAUUUUAUUUUAUGUUAUGAAGUGUGCAUUUAUGUUGUACAUCUUUACAAAUUUAUUAUAAGAGCAAUUAUACUUUAAAGCAUACUUUCUGAUUAGGCAGCUUCAGGCUUUUUCCUCUUUUGUGUACUACAACAGCUUUUACAGAGGGGUGGAUCUUUCUCAUCAUCAAUACUACAUGUAUUUAUUUGUAUAUAAUGUAAUGUGUACAUUUCAAAGAUGGAGAGAUUAUUUCUCACUGUCUUAAUGAGGCAGUCGCCACAAGAUGGCUGUAGUGAGUGAGAGUUAGUUGACAACAGUGUCUACUCUUCUUAGUUUCUUUAUGCUUCAUGAACAACUAUAGGCUGUGCAUCUGUUCGUUCUUGUAUUGUACAUUAUCUCCCCUUUCUCCUACACUGAUUCUUCCUAUUUUCUUUCCUAUCACUUUCCUUUUAUCAACGACCAUGUAUGAGGUGUACAAAUCUCUAUGUAUAGUUAAAAUUCUGCACUCCAACUCUUAUUCUCAUUCUCUUCAAUAUAAUUUCCUUGUUUAUAUUUGUAUAUAUAUAUUGUAGAUUAAGCUGCAAAAGCUAGUCACUUUGAUACUGAUGAUUAUUGUAACAUUGAACAAAUAAUAUUGGACAGCUGUUAGUGCUUUUAUGAGGUAUUAGUGUUAUAUUAUGGAAGAUCCAGAGCAUAAGAAAAACAGCUGAACAACUGCCCGUUAAAGUAGCUGAACAACAGAAACAAUUUUUCAUUAUAGGAAACACAAAAACUCGGACAUAAUUUCUGGUAUAAAGAAAUGUCUGUAUCAUAGAAUUUUUUAAAUGAACUUUUCAGUUUCAGAUUUAUUUCUUGUAGAAAGGGGCUUACGCUGACUUACUGACACCACUUUCUUACCAUGUUGUUUCUGUCUCUGAGACUAUUUUACAUACAUGGUCUUGUCAAUCUAUUUGUUUAUUUUAUGCGUUGUUGUUACCUUAUACAUUGUUGGGAUCAAUUUCUUUUUCAUGAACAAACAAUUUUCCACAAUUUGUAUAAAAUUUAUGAACAAAGAGCAGCUUAUGUACAUUGUAUUAUAAUGUGAACACAUUUGAAAAACCUGACUUUUUAUGGCAAAACUGUUUUAAUAUUGAAUUUAAAACAGAAAAUGCAUCACAAAUUUGUUAAAAUAUAAAUUUUCUAUGUGAAAUAAUUGUUUCUUUUUCAUGUAUUUUAUAUUUUCUGCAACUGAAUCAAGCUUCCCCAUAUAUAUAUAUAGAUGAAAAGGAAAAAAUUUAUAUCAUUUUAUAGGUGUGUUACCUUUUGGAGAGUUCAAAAAGUAUCUUGAACAUGCAGAAACUGGUGGUGUCAAAUCAAGCCAUUCUCAAACUCCUCUGGUUUUAGUAUACAGGAAGUUUGAGUGUAGAAUAUACCCAUCACUCUCUGCCUGUAUGAGAUAUUUAUGAGCGCUAAAGAUGCUACAUCAUCUUGAGUGAACAUGAAUUCUCAUAAAACUUAAAAAAAGAUUACAAUUUUAAUGCAGCUGUAUUAUAAAUGUAUUGAUAGCUGUUGUGUCAGUAGACUCAGCACCAUAUUAAACACUUA